UAACGAUUAUGCACGCCCGUCAUUUUUCAUUUUUCACGACAACAACAAAAGACUUUGUGAGAUGCGAUAUGACAUUAUCCUAUGCCGUUAGUAACCGUCGGCAACCAUGAAACCUGUUCUCCUAUUCCUCUCUAUCAUCUGCUCCGUUACAGGACUGGCGGUGUUGAACGAACGCAUCAUCGGAGGUGAUGCGGCCACGCUGGGCCAAUUCCCGUACGUCGUCUCGGUCAUUGAAAACGAACGCCAUCUCUGCGGCGGGUUCAUUUACAAUAUCCGAUGGAUCAUCACGGCAGCGUCUUGCGUCGUUGGGAAAUUACCGAGCGCGUUGGAAAUCAUGGCGGGCGGCUUGAAUUGGGACGUGACGACGGGCUCCGAGCAAAUCAUAUCCGUUUACAAUAUUUAUGUUUUCGAAGGGUACAAUAGUACGUUCAAAAUGAACGACAUUGCGCUUCUCAAGGUGACGAGAGACAUUGAUUUGACCUCGCCCAACAUUGAUUUUGUGAACUACAACGAAGUCGACACGGAUGAUUUGACUGCAAACGUCAUCGGAUGGGGUGCAAUUGAUGCAGGAGAUGAGGUGCAAUCUACUGAACUUCGCUACGGAACCGUAGACAUUAAAGAAGAAGUUCAAUGUGGCGAUUAUUCCCAACCGGAAUUCAAACUGGCGUCUAUGAUAUGCGCCAACGGUGCCAUUGCCGAUCUACCAGUCCCCACUGCCGGAUCUCCAUGCCAAUAUGAUCAAGGAUCUCCCCUCGUUCAAAUUAGCGGAUCGCAACACAUCGCCGUUGGUGUCAUGUCAAAGGCGGAGAGCUGCUCGGUGGACUCUGCGAGCGUCUACACUCGUCUGUCCAUUUUCUAUUCGUGGCUGCAGCAAACAGCCGGUCCACAGCCGCAGUAAUUGUAUAGACCUAUACAAAUUAUCAUAGAACUUGAAAACGAUAAGACAUGGGUUUUUACCCCUCUGAAUAAUUAAGUUCCCAACGUGAUGUAUUGAUUGUAAAGGUGCUGGUAUGGAAAUUUGAAUUCAGUAUAUACACAUGAAAUUCAACUUAAACAGACGGCGUUGAAAUUGCGCAACGAGUGACGUUCGAUGUACAGUAAACAGACUGUCAAUCUCAUGAUUUGCUUGUUGCACCUUGGUCAUUUUAGACAAAGGCCAUUUUGAUUUGUCGGGGAAUAUUUUUUUUUUUCGUUUUGUGUUUAUCGUUUCGGUUCAAAGUCCGAACGUUUGGAGAGCCUCUAUGUUUGUUCUGACGUUCGGACGCUGGGAUUCAGUUACUGACGAGGUCGGCGAACAGAAGCCAUCAUGCAGCCCAUCGUGUUCUUCAUCUUAGCUAUUGUCGCUGUUGUUACAGGUGCUCCUCAUGUGGAGGAACGCCUUGUUGGAGGGACACCGAUCACCAUAGCACCAACAGAUGCAACACCACCAUAUGAAGCCAUGUUCCCUUAUGUUGUCUCCAUCGAGUACGAGAAUUCCCACAUUUGUGGAGGAUUCAUUUACAGCGAAAAGUGGAUCGUCACGACUGCGUCUUGUCUGGAGAAUAAGGUUCUUGGCGAGUUGGUAGUUGUGGCCGGACAGGUCAAUUUGAUUGAUUACGACUACUCCGAAGAAAGGCAUGCCGUUUUCCGAGUGAUCCCUUACGACACGUUCGAUAAUGACACGCUAGUAGACGACAUUGCACUGAUUGAGCUAUCAUCAUUGAUCAAACUUGACGGCGUCUUGAGAAAUUUCAUCAAGUUCAAUGAAGUCUUUACAGAUGAUUUACCAACUCCUAUGGGGACGUUUAUGGGAUGGGGCGCUACAGUGGCCGGAGGAGGAUUUUCUCCAAGACUCCGUCAUGCACAACUUAAAAUGAUAGAAGACAAUGCAAUUUGUGGAACGUUACGGCGCGGAACGAAUUCCAAAUUUCCAAGAUGAUUUGCGCCAUGGACAUGGAUAACAUUGCUGCUCCAUGCAAUUUCGACGAAGGAUCUCCACUGGUUCAAACAUACGGAACUGCUCCUACUGAAACAACUAUCGUUGUCGGAGUUUUGUCUAAGCGCAGUGAAACGUGCGAUCCUGCGGAACCAAGCGUCUUCACCCGCCUAUCGGUUUACUACGCCUGGCUGUACAGGAUCGCCGGACAGCAGCCAAUCCCUGCCACUUCUAGACGUUAAACAUAAACUACGGGAUUUUGCGUGUCUCCGAUACUUCAAUUUUUUAUUUUUUUCCCCAUUUCUAAUUGCAGCUCACAUUGGCGUUCAUUUACAUGCACCAAUACGAGCGAAAAAUAAUAAUAAAAAAAGCUUCAACUGCAAAGAGAUGAAUACAAUUGAUUUAGUUUGA